AUGGCCGCGAUCCUGUUUUAAUCUGAAGGACUCUUGUCUUUUUCCGGUGUGUUUUUGGGCACCUCUGACAGCUGGACGCCGCUGGGCUGGGCGCAUCUCUCAGCGCGCGCGCAAACCCCUAUCGAGACUGGUCCAAAGGCGCUCUCUUCCGCCGCGACCCAUUUAAAGGCGUUGGGCCGAGCGAUGCUUGUGCGGCUACCUUGAUCUCGCUCUCUUUUCUUCUUUCUUUCUAAGGGUAUUUUACAAUCUUUCAUCAUUACCCCCCACCGAGGCGCCGCGGAUUUUCUGUCGUCCCUUGGUCUCCGAACUGCGCGGAGGAAGUGGUCACUGUUGGCUGUGGUCACCGCUGUCGUGAUGGUUUUGCUGGCUCUGGCCAUUGCCGUGCCGCUUCUCCUCCUGCGUCCCUCGGAGACCUCCGCUCAUUACUACGAGAUGAUGGGCACCUGCCGGAUGGUAUGCGACCCUUACAGCGCCAAACCCGGGGGUGGCGCCGCUGUAGAGGAAACCCAGAGCGUCAACGGCAUCGCGCCGCUACCCCCGAUGGCGCAAGGUAGCCGCGGUGAACCGGGGAGACCGGGAAAACCGGGACUCAGGGGUCCCCCCGGAGAGCCAGGACCCCCUGGCCCCAGGGGGCCACCGGGGGAGCGCGGCGGCAGCAAACUCGCCUUUCCUGCUUUAACCGCAGCAGCGGCAGAGCGCAGCGAAACCGACGGUGCCAACUCUACAAACGGCGGAAGCAGGGUUGCUUUUUACGUCGGUCUUAAGAACCCCCACGAGGGAUACGAGGUGCUUAAAUUUGACGACGUGAUUACAAACUUGGGGAACCUCUACGAUCCGAACAGCGGCAAAUUCACCUGCCAAGUGUCCGGGAUCUAUUACUUCACUUAUCAUGUGUUAAUGCGAGGGGGAGACGGAACCAGCAUGUGGGCCGACCUGUGUAAAAACGGACAGGUCCGAGCCAGUGCCAUAGCUCAGGAUGCGGACCAAAAUUAUGACUACGCCAGCAACAGUGCGGUGCUGCACUUGGACUCGGGCGACGAAGUGUACGUGAAAUUGGACGGCGGCAAAGCUCACGGAGGCAAUAAUAACAAAUACAGCACCUUCUCCGGCUUUAUCUUAUACCCUGACUAAGUCAAAUUGUCAGCAGAAGUUAUUUGCAUGGAAAUAUGUGGUUAUAUUGUGUUUUUGUGUCUUUUGAAACACAAGGUAAUUAUGUUCAUGUCAGGUGAUGGACAGCUUCCUCAGUAAAGAGGGUGAAUACGAUAUUAGACUGUGUUGGGUUAACAGUGCGUGAUAUUCCUCCAAAUUCAAACAUCAGUCAGAUAAACUCGUGCAAUCUUGCUAUUGAAACCUGGUCGUACGUAUGUAGCAACCUUUCAAAUGUUGAUCGAACAAAAUGGUGCAAAACAAGCAUCUCAUGCAUCUGUUUCAUUUUCAGCACCAACUGAAUGAACUCUUUCAAGUGCAAUCCGACAAAUCCCAGUCACAUGAAGCACACAUGACCACAUGAACAGCCGCACACAAUAACACAUCUUCUUGCUAUUAUGAUUUCUAGUAAAGUAUCUCUUCAUGUUUUUGCAUUAUCUUAAAAACAAGGAUUUAACACGAUUACUCAAUGUGUUUUAUACAGUUGCAACCAGAUACUAGUGUCGACUUCUGCAAUGGCCAGACCAUCUUUAUCCAUGUAAAGCUAAACCUGUGAAAUGAAAAUAUCCGUAGUGAGGUUUAUUGUGUGUGUGUGUGCGUGUGUGUGUGUGUGUGUGUUUCCAAAUGCAAGCAUGACAUCAAUAUCCAAAUCGGAACUAACAGUUACCUAAGGCACACACACACACACACACACACACACACACACACACACACACACACACACACACACACACACAUGUCCAUUCUUGUCCUGUCAUCUAAAUUGCCAAAGGGGAGCUGGACCCAUCUGAUCAUACACAACAGUGUCUGUCAACAAAGGACAGGAGUGGAGUAACAAACUGCCAGAUGUAACAAUCUAUAGGCUAAAAAUAAAAA